AUGAAACUAAAAUCUUGCUUACUAUUGUUUCUUUUUGUGGAGUGUGUUUUUUUCAAAGUGGAAUCCAAGUGUGUGAAGGGGUGUGAUAUAGCUUUAGCUUCCUACUAUGUCAAGCCUGCAUUUAAACUCCAAAAUAUAAUAAACUUUAUGCAAUCAAAAAUUGUGUCAGAGUUCAAUUCUUCUGAUGUUUUAAUCAGAUACAAUAGACACAUAGUAUCCAAUCGCGCUAAUAUCUUUUCCUAUUUUAGAGUCAACGAUCCAUUCCCAUGUGACUGUAUUGGAGGUGAAUUUUUGGGACAUGUGUUUGAAUACACAGCAAAUGAAAGAGACACUUAUGAUUUGAUUGCAAAUUCUUAUUACGCAAGUUUGACUUCAGUUGAAGUUUUGCGAAAGUUCAACAGCUAUGAUCCAAAUCAUAUACCUAUUAAGGCUAAGGUUAAUGUUACUGUCAACUGUUCUUGUGGGAACAGCCAGAUUUCAAAAGAUUAUGGAUUGUUUAUUACUUAUCCGUUAAGGUCUACGGAUACUCUUGAGAAGAUUGCGAAUCAGACUGAACUUGAUGAAGGGUUGAUACAGAAUUUUAAUCCUGAUGUCAAUUUCAGCAAAGGGAGUGGGAUUGCGUUCAUUCCAGGAAGAGGUCAAAAUGGAGAUUAUGUUUCCUUGUAUCCCAGAACAGCAGGCCUUGCUAAGGGUGCAACUGUUGGCAUAUCUAUAGCAGGAAUAUUUGGGCUUCUAUUAUUUGUUAUCUGUAUCUAUGUCAAAUACUUCCAAAAGAAGGGAGAAAAGAAAGCGAUACAGAAAAAAACUUCUUUGGCUCUUUCAACUCGAAAUGGUAAUGUUGUUUCUAUAUCCGGUGAUGUCUCAGGAUAUGAAACUUCGGGAUCUAUUGGGCAUGCUACUAGCCUUACCGGAGUUAUGAUGGAAAAGUCAACAGAGUUUUCAUUUGAAGAACUAGCAAAGGCUACAGAUAACUUCAGCUUGGAUCGUAAAAUUGGUCAAGGUGGAUUCGGAACUGUCUAUUAUGCAGAACUUAGAGGCAAGAAAACUGCAAUAAAAAAGAUGAAGAUCCAAGCAACAAGAGAAUUUCUUGCUGAACUCAAAGUCUUAACAAGUGUUUAUCACUGGAACCUGGUACACUUGAUUGGAUACUGUGUUGAGGGAUUUCUAUUUCUUGUAUAUGAAUACAUGGACAAUGGAAACUUAAGCCAACAUCUACGUGAUUCAGAGAGAGAACCGAUGCCGUGGUCUACGAGGAUACAAAUUGCUCUGGAUGUGGCUAGAGGCCUUGAGUAUAUUCAUGAUCAUUCAGUUCCUGUAUAUAUCCAUCGCGACAUAAAAUCAGAUAAUAUUUUACUAAAUGAAAACUUCACUGGGAAGAUUGCAGAUUUUGGAUUAACCAAACUUACUGAUGUUGCAAGUUCAACAGAUAACACUAUUCAUGUGGCAGGCACAUUUGGUUACAUGCCUCCGGAAAAUGCAUACGGGCGUAUUUCUCACAAAAUAGAUGUAUAUGCUUUUGGAGUUGUUCUUUAUCAACUAAUUUCUGCUAAAGAAGCUGUGAUCAAGAUCGAUAAACAUAGUACCGAGUUCACUAGUCUUGAGAUUAAGACUAAUGAAUCUAUUGAGGAAUACAAGAGCCUUGUGGCUUUGUUUGAUGAAGCUAUUGAUGAAGAAGGAGAUUCCAUAGAAGGUCUAAGAAAGUUGGUGGAUCCAAGGCUAGGAGAUAACUAUUCAAUUGAUUCCAUUAACAAGAUGGCACAGCUUGCCAAGGAUUGCACAAAUCGAGAUCCAAAAGGGCGUCCAAGAAUGAGAGCUGUUGUGGUUUCUUUAAUGAAACUAAAUUCUAUUAUUGAUGAUGGAAAUAUGACAGGUAGUGAAGCACUGAGUCUCACUAUGGAGCAUGAUGAGUUACAUUAA